ACACACACACGUAACAUUGUAUACACGACAACUGUGACUCCUCUCUCUCACGCGCACACACACACGAGUCAUCACGCAUACGCAGUAAUUACAAAAGCGCACGCAUGCCCACGUAAUUACACACGGUCCACGUGAGCACGCCUCUCACACGUCCCUAAUAAUGAGGAUCCUGACUCUGCCGCUAAUCUCCACGCUCCGCUCUCUUCUAUUCGCCACCUCUUCUCGCGUCCUUCCGGAGUUUGUCUUGGUUGCCGUCUCGGACUCCACCUGUCUUGACAGUUUCUGCCCCGAUAACCUGUACCGGACUCGACAGGAUAAACUGGAUUCCAGAGGGCCAGAUAAAAUCUCCACAUCUCCGUGCUGUGCCCACCAACAUUUGUCAAGCUACUCAAAUCUGGCAGGCGGCUCUGGCAGCGCCGUCGUGGUGUGCCAUGCCUCCUGCGGUGAUGGGGUUGCCAAUGCCAUCACUUUUCCUGCCACUGCUGCUACUGGUCUCCACGACACCGCUGGUGCAGGGGGCCUUGCUGUACGAGGUGGACGAGGAGGUUCUGGUGGGAUACGUCAUCGGGGAUCUCAGGCAAAGCAAGGAAGUAGCUGAUAUGGGACCUAACCUGGAAUUCAAGGUCAUGUAUUCGACAGAGGCCAAGCAUCUCAUUAAAGUGAACGAGUUGUCGGGCGAGCUUUCCGUGGCCUUGCGCCUUGACCGUGAGGCUCUGUGCAUGGAGGAACCCGACGCGUGCAGGAGCACCGGCUUCAUGCACACCGUGCAGGUCGCCGCCAUGGCCAAGGGCCAAGGCUCCAGUAACCUCCGUCUCCUCGACGUGCAGCUUCUGGUGCGCGACAUCAAUGACCACGCGCCAGCCUUCCGUGCGCCGCAUCUCAAUGUCUCCAUCUCUGAGAGUGAGGCCGUGGGGCGCCGCGUGCCACUGCCCCGUGCCAUUGACCCCGACGCUGGCACCAACAGCAUACAGCAUUACCGAAUCUCGGCGGCCAGCGGAGAUGGGCUCCAGCUCGGGCCCUUCAGCCUCGUCGAAAGCGACGAUGAUGACGAUGGCGGCGGGGUUGGUGUUGAUGGGGAUGGUGGCAUGGGCCAUCGGGCCCUGCUGGAGCUGCGCGAGCAGUUGGACCGUGAAGCAGUGCCCUCGUACGAGUUGCUGCUGUGGGGCGAGGACGGCGGCAACCCGAAGCUCUCGGGCUCCGUGCUGCUUACCAUUGUUGUCGUCGAUGCCAAUGACAAUGCGCCAGUGUUCGUUGACCCACCGACGCGACCCGUCCGCAUCACCGAGCACUCAAAGGUCGGCACAAGUGUUGUGCAGCUACGUGCGGCCGACCCUGACGCUGGCCCCAAUGGUGCCAUUGCCUACUCCUUCCACACGAAGCUGACAUCGCUGGCGACGCAGGCGGCAUUGCACGUGGACGGCACGACGGGUCUCGUCACGGUGAGGAACGCGGAAAAGCUGGAUCGUGAGACGAUGCCCGUGCACCGGCUAGUUGUGGUGGCGCGUGAUGGUGGGCAACUUUCUCGUUCCGCCUCGGUUACCGUGACAGUGGAGCUGAAUGAUGACAACGACAACGCGCCGGUAUUUGAGGUGAUCGCGCUGCAAGGCGAGUACCUCCCGGAUGGCGGUGUAAAGAUUGUCGAGAACCUGCCAUCAGGCACGCCUGUGGUGCUCAUUUCCGUGUCUGACCCAGACCUGGGGUCCAGCGGCACUGUCGAUGUGCGCCUCGAGUUUCCCACUGGUCCCAACGCCGCCUUCGAGCUCACCAGUGUGGGCGGCUCUGGCGGGGGCGGUGGAGCUGGAUCGACUUCGUCGGCAGGAGCAGAGCUCGCCAGCCCCAACAAGGUGCAGUUCCUGCUGAAGACGACGCGUCUGCUGGACUACGAGGAGGCGCAACAGUACAAUGUGAGUGUGUUGGCAGCAGACAGGGGUACCCCCAAGCUCUCCAAACUAUUGAACCUCAUCAUCUCCGUGGUGGACAUCAAUGACAAUACGCCGGUCUUCAUGAACCCCGCAUCGAUCGAGGGCGAUGUGGCCGUGUACGAGGUGUCGCUGCGCGAGAAUGGCCCAGCUGGCACUGUUGUGCUGAACCUCUUGGCUACAGACGCUGACAGCGGGCCGAACGGGGCCAUCACAUUCACGCUAAGCGAGUUGGCGGGUGGGGAAUCUGUGGCAGAGCUGUUCUCGCUGAACAUGCGCACGGGACAGCUGACGUUGGCGACACCGCUGGACCGCGAGAAGCGCAUGCGCUACGAGCUGUCGGUGGAGGCGUGCGACGGGGGCUCGCCCCAGCGCAAGGCCCGUGCCAUCGUGCGCGUCACCGUGCUCGACGAAAAUGACAAUGCCCCCACGUUCGUGGGCGUCUCCAAUUCCACCAACUGCAUGUACCAGUUCUUCGUGGAGGAAGAGACUUCGGUAGGCACGUAUGUGGGCACCGUCUCAACGAGCGACCUGGACGAGGGCGACAACGCCCGCGUUGCCCUCAACCUCGUACGGGAGGCUGGGCCUGACUGGAUUGGCGGCGCAGGCGAUGCGGGUUGGAGUAACCAGUACUUCUCGAUGACACCGGGUGGGGUGGUGCGCACACUCGUGGUACUGGACCGCGAGGAUCGCGUUCAGUAUGAACUGAGCGUGAGGGCUGUCGACUCGGGCCGCCCCGCCCUGUCAGCGUCAUGCCGUGUGAGCAUCACAGUCAGCGACACCAAUGACAAUGCGCCGGUGAUCACGUCACCCAAUACCAACGACACUUGGAAACACGUGCGCACCUUCUCGCCGGCCGGAAUGCUGGUCGGGGUUAGCGUGACAGCGAACGACAUCGAUGCUGGCGACAAUGGGCGACCGCUGUACGAGAUCAUCGGAGGAAACCCCAAAGGUAUCUUCCUGCUCAACGCCGACUCGGGUGCCCUGUCACUGGCACGCACGGUCAGCAGCUUGGACGAGGGGCUGCACCGGCUGGUGGUACGUGUGCGUGAUCGUGGAGGUAGUGGGUCACGACGAGUCCGGGCGGUCUCCGGGUUGCUGGAGGCAGCGGCGCCGGUGCUGCUCCAUGUGUUUGUGAAUGAAACGGUGGAGAACGUGACGCUCAUCGAGCAACUCGUGGCUGAGAGCCUGAUGCGACCGCUGAGUGAGGAUGUGGUGAAUUUGGGCCGGCGCACUGGGCCCGAUCUGCCCACGUGGGCCAUCGUUGCACUGGUGGCGGCCGUGGGCGUUAUCCUCCUCGCUGUCACCAUCGGACUUAUUGCCUUCUUUUGCCGGCGCCGCCGACGGCAGAGUGGGGGGAGGGGCGGAAAGAAGGGCGCGCCCAGUGGCGGUGCAGGCAUUAUAAUGUCGUCGUCGUCAUCAUCAUCAUCCGGGCAGCACUUGCAGUCACAGCAGGCGGGCGAUUUCCUCAUCGCGGGCAGCAAAAAGGGGCGCAGGAAGCAGAGGACGAACAAGGGCGCCGUUGCUGGGAUCCAGAUGCAGUCACGCGGCUCUGUGGGUGAGCGUCUGGCCGGGAGCCCCGAGUCUCAGCCGUUCAUGAAGAGGUUCCGCUUCAGCUCUUCCUCAUCGCACGGUGGGGGCUCCAGCGUCUACCGCCCAGCCUUUCUCGCCGGGCCAGACGGGGAUCCAAGCCCCCCGCCAGCGUCAACAUUCAAGCCGGAUGCUCCGUCGUUCAGCACCUUCGUGGAGGCGCCGGUCGGCCGGGUCAUGGGAUCUGGGGGCCGUGGUGGUGGUGGUGGUGGUGGCGCUAGCAGAGGCAGUUAUGCCAACGACGGCCCUCGGAGCAACCACAGACAGCACGGGGGACCAGACCGAUAUGAUGACGGCUAUGAGCAUCACAUGAGCGGCCACCCCCCUUUACCCACAACGCAUCGUCUGAACCGUACCCACGACCGCAGCACCCCCGAGGGCAGCGUUGGUGGACGCGACGACCCCGAGACUGGCGGCCGCCUGCCUGACAUUGCACGCUACCCUCCUCCUCAAUUCCAAGACUACGCAGACCCGUUGGACGCUGAUGUCGUCUAUGACCCACGCGGCUUCGACCCCCAUGACUAUAGCCAGGACUAUGAUGACCAGCACGACUACGGCAACCAGCACGACUACAGCGACCCACCCGACUUCAACAACCAGCACAACUACGACAACCAGCAGCACCAACACUAUGGCGAGCAGCUGUACAGUAACCCGGACCGUGACUACGAGCAGGAAGCGUACGGCUAUCCGGAUUACGACCGGCCACACGAACGCACGGCGAGGCAUGUGCCCACCACCGAGUUGUGAGCUUGUAAACGAGCGAGUGUGUGCGCGCAUGUGCUUGCGGGCGUAUGCACGUGCAUGCACACACACGCUCGCGCGCAUGUACAUGCCUGUGGGUAUGUACGUGUUUGUGUGUAUACACACGGCCAUGUGUACACGCACAGCGUGGUUAUGCACACCAUCGAGUUGUAAGCUUGCGAUCAUGUACCUGCAGGUAUGCAUGUGUGCACUUCACAUGUACAUUAGUGCAUGCCAGGUGCGCAAUCUUGCACGUGUGUACCAUACGCGUGCGUGUACAUCCGUACAACUACCAUGUACGCCUGUGCCUGUAUAUGCGUGUGGGUGGGUUCAUGGGUGUGUACACUUACCUACAAGCACACAGUGUACAUGCGUAUUAACACAAUGGAUUUGUUUACACCUGUGUAUCUGACCGCCUGUAUAUACACACAGGUGUGUACCUGUGUGCAUGCAAAUUGUAUAUAAAGUUGAUCUUGUAUGUCACAUUCAAGCAAAAAUUCACAUCGUGCAUACAGACACAUACGUGUGAAUGUACGCACGUGCAUGUACACAUACGCUUACAUACAUACGUACACAUAUACACGUUCAAGAACGUACACUUGCAAACAACCAUAUGCAGCGUUCAUGUAUGUGAACCCUCCCACAAACAUGCCGUGUAUAGCCUGAACAGACUGGUGGGGAAAGUUAUGUUUGCGAUCGCCUAUUCAGGCUGGCAUGGCACGUGAGGGGGUGCUUGGCCAACACCACGCCCGGCCACCUUUGUCUCCCCGGUGGUGAUGUUUACACACCACACCAGGUACUCAUUUGAGGCCGAGUUGACCUACGAGAGGCCCAUGACCGGUUCAGAUACUCGUCACUGAUGUUGCAGCGGCGCACUAACCACUACACUACCGCUCCCCAUGAAUCAACCCCCACCCCCCACACACGCACACGCGCGCGCGUGGUAUGCGGUCUCAUGUCAAAUUAAUUAAGGAGAUUAAAAAUAAGAAUAAGCCAUUUCGCUAACUAACUGCUUGUUGCUAUGGUGACUAACGUUAGUCAUAGAGUAAUUGUGGUGAUGGUUUGUGUGCUAGUGCAUCUCGUUUGUAAAAAAAUGCGUCUGGGUCUUUAGGCACUUUAAAACGGGGACAUUCAAAAUGUGGGGUUCAGUGGUGUUACGUUGUCUACCGGCGUUUAAUAAUCUCAAUUACAGAGAUUCAUAACCUGGGAUAAACAUGUUAACUUUGUGAAUAAAAGCUCAUUAACUCGAGAUUAACACCUUCAAACUGAACUGAACCUCAUCUUGUUAACGUGGGAUGAAGUAACUGACACGUCAGCCUUGUCAACAAGAACUUGUUAUGCCAGAACAUUUGCGGGCUUUCAUUAACCUGCACUAACCUCCGUUAGCAAGAGCUAAUUUACCCAAGAUAACCUUGGUAACCCAGGCUAGCCUUGGCAAUGGGAGCCCUUACUCGGGGUAACUUAGCUCUGUAACCCAAUCCACCUUUAUCCGAGGGCCAUCUCUGCAGAUAACGGUUUUACAAGUGAGGUGCGAUUGUGAUUUCAUUUUUGUAAAGACGGUGUUAUGAUGUUUAUUUUUGUUAACGUGCAAAUAGAUGAUUGCUUAUGGUAUUUUUUUUAAUAAAUUUGUUUUAUAUUUAAUAUCUCGCCAAUGCCAGUAAAGAGGAUGCGCGCGAGGUGGCGUCUUUACAUGUAUACAUCGGCGUUCACUUGCACAAAACAAAUUAGGUGUUUUUUUUUUGCUUCUCUUAAUACAGCUUUCAAAGACAAACAAGAUGGAAAUAGUUUCUGCUUGGGGGUUUUGUGCAACCAUUUGCGGAUUGUUGUCAUAACAGGAUGUGUGUAAUAUUAGUUUGCGAGCGAAACGUUUCGUCCAUAGACAAUAUUGACUUGAAGUUUU